AUGAAGGAAGUAAUUGCGUUCUUCAAAGCAUCCGCUAAAAGAAAUACAGUAUUAAAAAGUAAACUAGACGGAUAUCAAAUUCAUAGUAUGUGCGAAACACAGUGGACCGAGAGACAUGAUUCUGUGCUCCAAUUUGAAAGCAAAUUCGAGAAAAUUGUAGAGACUGCUGCACCGAAUGUAUUUCGAGAUUCAAAGAAGCCAGGAGAAGGCAACAUCAUGUUUAUAUCCGGCCUCCAUGACAAGCCUUAUUGCAAUUGCAAUUCACCGAACCCUCAAGAGACGUUUUACGUCCAGCACGAUGACACUUUUACCGUUGAAAUUUGCUAUAUGUGUUAUAAUAGUCCGUUACAAAUUCUUGCUUUGAACGGAACGACGUAUUGUUUCGAACCUCUACAUCUCUCAGUCAAAAGGAGAAGAGCAAGAAGCGUAAUUGCGAAUAAUCAAUGGAAGCAGGUCGUCGAUGCCGUCUGCAGUAUAGAUCAUGUUCUAUUAUACCGCCGAUAUUAUCCAAUGACAGAAUUCCAAGCAAAGAAAUCGUAUUGA